AUGGCAAACACAACUAGAAUUGCACCAGUGAAGGAUAUGUUUGAUACAAUUGAUGAAACAGAUGAUGGUUUACAAUUUUCAACUAAUGUCUUAAAUCAAUUCUUCGGAACGGGACAAUUACAAACAACUUUCUAUCAAGAGGAAAAAAUUGAAUAUGAAAUUCUUAAUGACAUCGAAUCCGUUUUAAUAACGGAAAGUAAACAUGAUGAAUGUGAUGAAGAAGUGAUUAUAUCACAAAAAUUAAGUCAAUUAUCGACAAAAAACAAAUCCGAAAUCAGUUCAUCAAUACUUUUCGAUAAAAAACGACGCAUUAGCUCGACAUCAAGUCCCUCGACAACUUCAAAAAAAAUUAAAAUAAAUGAUACAACUAGUGACGAUGAUGAUGACAUCCAUAUUCAAAAUUUGAAACCGGAAGAUCAAAUACCAAAUUAUUUAACUAUAAAUCAUAAAGCAUUUGUUCGUAUGAGUGAAUGUCUUUUGAAAAAUGCUCCAUCUAUAACUAUGAGUGAUAUACAAGAAAUGGCUUUAUUUGUGCAUCAUAUUGAAGCAAAUCGUCUCAAAAAAAAUAUAACCAAUAUUUAUUUAAAAUCGGUCACAGGCACAUUAAUAGAACCAGAAUUAGAUUUAUAUGAUGUAGAUCGACGAGUAUGGCCCAUGCAAGUAAAAUCUUUAAUGUUAAGUAAUCAAUCUAUGCCAGUAACAUCAGAAACAACAACAACAACAACAACAACAACAACAAUGCCCAUGAAUCAACCAGAUCAACAAACGGCUUGUGAAAAAUUAAUUAAUCAACGUUUAGAAGAAAUCAAUCAAGAAAUAAAAUCAUAUCAAGAAAAGUUAUCGACAAAAAAAAAUUCUUUAGUUGGAUUUACUUUACAAAUGAAUGAAACUCUACAAAAAUUUGUUCAAGAAUAUGGAAUUAAUCCAUUGGAAAUGAAAUAUCAAUUAAAAGAAGCUAUUGUCAAGCAUGAUUUCGAAUUAGAAAUUCUUGAACGAAAAUAUAGUUCAGAAAAACCAAAUGAAUAUCAAUUCGAAAUUGCGAAACGUCUAACGACAAUGAGACGUAAUGUUGAAAAAUCAAAACGGGCCUUAAUGGAAUUAAAACAAGGUGUCUUCUUUAAUAAAUCAUCUGUCUCAUUCGAUUCUAUACAAAACUCGACAACGUCGUUGAAUGAUGAAAAAAAUCUAAAAAAAUUUUUUAAUAAAUUUGAAUAUCAACUUCGAUGUAAAAAACUUGAUUUAAUUGCUUUACAUUUACUACAAGCAGAAAUAACUUAUUAUCGAUUUCAAGCUGAAUUCGAUUACGAAUUAUCUUCGAUGUGGAAAAACCAUCGUAAUUUCGUUAAAGAUCACGGAAUGACAAUAUCAUUUAUUAGUUUACUUGAACAACGUCUUGAAAAUAUUACAAAUCGGUGGAGAGAUAUUUACAAUUAUAGAGUUGAUUAUUUUCUUCAAAAUGCAUAUGAUGAAUUAAAUCAUAUGAAUAAAAAUGAAAUUACUGAAUAUGUAAGAAUUAUGACACCUUCAUCUUCAAUUUUUAUUGAUAUAGAACACCCAUUCAAUGACAAACAACUCCAAUUAUUAAGUCGUGGACCCAGUUAUGUACCACCAUGUUUAAUAUAUACAUCCUUAUCUAAUGAAUCUAUGGCUGACAUUGUCAAAAAACAAUAUGCUCCAUUAAAACAUCAACUCAAUACUUUAUUUUUAAAAAAUAAAAUUAAUUUAAAUUUACAGAUGGAAAUUCAUCAGAAAAUGUACAAUUUAUUUAAAAACUCAUUUUCCAAAUCAAUCCCAUCGAGUCUUUCUCAACGUGCAUUUUAUGAAAAAAAUUUAAUUGAAUCUAUUCGAAUCUCUCUCAAGAAACAUAAUAUUAUAUUAAGAAGAACUGCUGAUAAUAUGAAUUUAUUUUACUUGGGAAACAGAGAAGAAUUUGAAAAAAAAGCUGAUCGAUAUUUAUUAACAUCUGAAGAUUAUGAUAUUCUUUUUGAUGUGAAUGAUGUCAAUAAUGAAAAACCGUUUAAUGUUGCUAUCCAAGAUAUGAUUGAAUCAAUGAAUUCAUUAUUAGAACAAUUAAAAACACAUAAAUCUAUUACCAAUGAUUUAUAUAAACAAUUUAUGGUUGAUCCAAAGAAUAUCAAAAUACCAUAUUUAUAUUUUCUACCAAAUAUAUCAACUCUAAAUGAAAAUCAAAUGUCUUUAGUACCUACUGUUACAUCUCAAUAUAGUGCAACAUGGAAAAUUGCUAAAUAUUUAAAUAAACUUUUAAGACCGUAUGCUGAUGGAGUAUUACGUUCAACAUCAUUUACUGAUGAAACUGAUUUUAUUCGAAAAUUAUAUCGUUUUGCGAAUGUGGAACAUCGUCUUCGUCCAUCAACACUAUUUUGUACAAUCAAAAUAACUAAUUUCUUUGCAUUAGAUGAACAUAAAGAAAUGAUCGAUGUUAUUGGUUAUUUUUUACAAGAUAAUUUAGCAACGAACAAACUUGAACCACUCACGAUUCAAACAAUUCGUAAUCUAUUACAUUUAUUUCUUUAUAAUAAUAUUUUUUCAUAUAAGAACAGUAUCUAUAAAUUCACCAAAGGUAGUCCAAAUACACUACUGUUAACAGAAACAUUAUCAAAUGUUUAUUUAUAUAUUUGGCAAAAGAAAAUAUUAAAAGAAGUGAAUCAAAAUAUUGAAUUAUUUGGAAGAUAUAAAGAUCAAAUUUUCUUUACAUGGAGUAAAUCAACAGCCAUAGCUUUGGAAACAUUUAUAGAAGAACUUCGAGAAAAAAAUCGAAAAGUCCGUUUUCAAAAAUUAAUUGGUCCAAAUGUUUCAUUUCUCAAUGUUUAUAUUGAAAAUCGACAAGGUCAAUUAUAUACUCGUGUUCAUCAUGAUAUCAAUAUGCCACGUUAUAUAUUACCCUAUGUCGUUGGUCACACAAAAUCAUCGCACAGCGACUGGCUUUUCUUAUCUUUAAUACGUGCUGUGUGUUAUUGUACAUCAAUUGAAGAUUUUCAACAAGAACGAAUUUAUCUUGAAAUAACUUUUUUAAUUAAUGGUUAUUCGGUACUAUUUAUUGAAACACAUGUCAAGCGUUUUUUUAAUUAUUUUUAUGCUGAAAGAAUGCGCUUCUCAUAUAAUCAAGCCAGUUAUGAUAAAUUUCGUCAACAAUGGUUUCAAUUUGUUGAACAACGACAACAAUUAUCACAACAAUUUCAAAAAUUAGAUGAUAUGAAUUGUUUAUUUCAAUUCCAUUAUAUUUAUGAUUUUGGCCCAAAGUGUCGUUUUAAUCGAGAAUUUCAUCAACUUUGGCAUCAUUACUUUCAACAACAUCCAACUUUAUCAGAAGAUAAUUGCAAAAUUAUACUCAAUGCAAAAAAUUUUCAUUCCUUAAAUACUUUAUUAGGAAUGGAUAAACCGUCUGUUAAAAUAUUUCUUCAACAUUUACUCUUAAUUCCAACUAUGUCUAGUCAAGUAAAUGAAAAACAUUCAGGACGACAAGUUUCACAAGAAAUCAGUUUUGAAACAAACAACUACAAUGGUCAAGAACAACAAACAUUAACACAAACAUCUGUACGAUCAACUGGUUCAUCAUCUGUAGACAGUGAAACAAAUGAGCGCUAUUUGAGUCAACAAAUUCGUACAACACAAGUGACUGGGAAUUUAAUUGAUUGCAUGGAAUGUUAUGUACGAAUUCCACGUUGUACGUUUGAACAACAAGCAUGCGAUUUAAAUGGAAGCACGAACCCAGAUAUGAUACAACAAUUACAAGAAUUUCGUCAAGAAAAAGAACAAGCUUCACAAAAACAGUAUAAUAGAGGAAAAAAUGAAACUGUUCAACAAAAUGAAGAUGGAAUAAUUGAUGACUCAAAUCCUAAUUUAAAUCAUGAAGAUGACAUGAUGAGUCUUCUCAUUGUUGAUUUACCAUGGUCCCAAACUUCACAACUCAAUUCCACAAAUGAUGAGCACCAUCGAAAGAUAUAA